CGGGAAGGCUGCGGGGCGUUGGCUUCGGCCGGUCCUUCUGUUAGCUGAGGGUGGCCUCUGAGCAGGUGGCUUAGGGCUCAGGUCCCCCAGGGCUGUGUGGGGUCAGCUGCACCGGCCAGAGCUGGGGGACCAGACGCUGAGAAGCCGAGAAGCCCCAGGUCCCGAUGGCACCAAAGCCCAAGGCUGCCCCCAAGGGGGGAGCGGCACCCCCGCCCGCCAAAGGGGACGACAAGAAAAAAGACGACAAGAAAGACAAAAAGGACGAGAAGAAAGACGAGAAGGCAGAGGAGAAGAAAGAGGAGAAGAAAGAGGAGAAGAAAGAGGAGAAGCCCAAAAAGCCCAAGUCAGUGCAGCCCAAGGAUGAAGUGGGUACGAGGAAAGGAUGUCGCCGCUACAAAUGGGAGUUUAAAGACAGCAACAAAAAGUUCUGGGUUAUGGGCCAUGCAGAGGUCAAGCUCCUGAGCAUAGGCUUCUUGGUAGGGGCGUUGAUAAUGUUCACCGGAAUCAACUUGCACCCCCUCAUCACGCUGGUCAUCACCAUGGAGAUCUCCAUCUUCUGCUUCUUCUUUAUCGUCUACACCUUCGCCAUCAGCAGAUACUUGUCCUUCAUCCUGUGGCCUGUUACCGACCUUCUCAAUGAUCUGAUCGCCUUCAUUUUCCUUGUGGGGAUCUUGGUAUUUGCUGUGAAAGUUCGACAAACCUUGCCAAUGCACUAUUUUAUCGCUGUGGUCCUUAUUGGUGUGGCUGCUCUAUUUGCUCUAGUCGAUGUAUGUCUGCAAAGAAAGUACUUCAAAGGCAAGAAGAUCAAAAGGAAUGUGCUGAUUCCUCCUCCAGGAAAGGGACCAGGAGAGGCAGCACCAGGCGCGGCACCAGGGGCGGCACCAGGGGCAGCACCAGGGGCGGCACCAGGCGGGGCACCAGGCGCGGCACCAGGCGCGGCACCAGGGGCAGCACCUGCUCCUGCAAAGGGAGGCAAGAAAUGAGAACAGGAAUUGCCUGUUGUCCCAAAUGGCAGUGUAUUUUAUAAAACAUAUCCACUGC